AUGUGGAGUUUGAGCCGCGAAAGUAGCGCGAAUGGCGCUGAAACUCGCGCGUCUGUCUUGGACACGUUGUUGCUGCGUUCUUCGACGGAUGACCUUGACUUGUCUUCCAAGGGUUACUGCUCAUCCGUUGAGACAGAGUCUGCUACGCCAUACAUGAGUUCAGAUGCAUCAUCGAAUCACAUCACGGCUUCUAAUGCCACUACCACGCUUUCUCCUAACAACUCGAGGGAACCUAGGACCCCCACUACUCGGUCGGAGCAGCUAGCGAUUCUUCUGGCACGCAAUCACUACUCCGCGCCCGCCUGCUCGCUAGAAUUUGUGAACCUCACGUCCAGCAUUCGGACUUCGGUUGAGUCUCAGCGCGACUCCGAUGUAACGCUACUGGACAACUGCUCGUGUCCGUACGCACGUCAAAACUCGACAACGCAGUCCCCACUGAACGACGAUCCUUCUCCGAGCAGCCAGGAUCGGUGGGUCGACGCUUCUGGCGAUCAACAGCCGCCUGUAAACAUCGACAGCGUACCCUUAGAUUCGGCGUUGGUGAACGAAGAUGGCUGCGAGGAUACGCAAUCCGUUGAGGGGGAGCCGUCGUCAGCCUGCGCUUUGAUGAAUAUGCACAAGGCUACUCAGGCGUUAGAGCGUACUGCGGAAGACGGCAUCGACACUACGAGUUUCCCUCUGGGUCCCCUGGUGCGCAGAAAUUGCGUCGAUGUGGGAACGAGCCCCAUGCCACCCUCGCCAGGUGAACCUGCGCCAUCGCCUCCAACUUCUUCUGCCGUCGAUGCUGGCACCAGUCCGAUUGAAUCAGUGAAGAAAUCUAUCCCCGUCUACAGCCGCAGUCUUCUCUAUCGGAUUCGAGUGCCUUUGGCCCAGAGACUGCGCAAUUCAUGCUCCACCUUGGGUGGAAGCAUACCCAGCCCCCGCCGGUCUAGCGUGCAGCGUGCUAACAUGAGCUGCGAACGCACGAGUGUGUCAUUACGCCUCAGAAUUCAGGAUACUGCGGCUGUGGAUGUCGAAAAUGAGACCUCGGCCUCUGAUGGGUUGUCAUCUACUACGUCUUCCGAUGUUAGGCGCCCCGUAAUUCCGGAGAACGCAACGGCGGAAGGUGGAACAUUUCUGAAGCGCGUUCGCUGCUUGAAGAAUAACCGUGAGGGAAAACGACGGCGGGCAGCUUCCGCGUCACCGAGUCGGGGGAUCGUGGUGUCCGGCGAGCUGUGGCCUAAUGGCACCAUGAAGUACAUUGGUCCUGACCUUAGCUCGGAUCAGGCAAACAAUGGUGGAGAUGAUCGUCUAUUUCUGCUCAACCAGAUGUUUGCCAGGCACUAUCAUCUAUGUAAGGCGCGACAGAACAAUAGCCAUUAA